AAACUCAUAAUCCCAAAUCUCUCUUGUCUAAUCUCACUACCAACCACAACAACCAAAUAUUCUCUCAUCUGAAAAAUUGAGAGUCCGUAACCUAAAUCACACUAAACUAAACCGAAAAUGCCGACCAAAGGGAUGAGGAGCCUCCUCUUUCACCACAAGGCCCCGUCUUUCUCUAGACAUUCUUCACCCUCAAGGUCCUCCAUUUCAUUCCCCACUCCUCGCCGUAACCCUAGUGCCGGCCUUAACUUCUCAGACGCGAUGAUCGAGGAGGUCAUCGGAAACGCCGCCGUUUUGGUGAUCAAAUGGGACCCGGAGGCCUCCGGAUACGCGAAAGUAACCUCCAUGUUCUACGAGAGCAAAACGGAAGCUCACCAGUUCAUCAAGUCCGUGAACGACCUCCAGAAGGUCAUGCAUUACUUGGUCGCGGAGGACCCCACCUCCGAAAAACUCGUCCACGGCCACAGCCUCAUGCAGAUCGCCAUGAAGCGGUUACAGAAGGAGUUCUACCAGAUUCUCUCCACGAACCGGGCUCACCUCGACCCGGAAUCGGUCUCGACCCGGUCCAGGUCUUCCCGCGUUUCCGUCAGCACUUCUGACGACGAAAUCGACGACGGAGCCUUAACAGACGAAGAUGUACGUUUCGCCGGAGAAUCCAUCUCCGACGUUGAACAAGUCUCCUUUGUUGCCAUGGCCGACCUCAAGUCCAUCGCCGAAUGCAUGAUCUCCUCCGGCUACGCCAAGGAGUGCGUUCACAUAUACAAAAUCAUCAGAAAAUCGAUAAUCGACGAAGGAAUGUAUAAGCUCGGAGUGGAGAAAUUCGCCUCUUCUCGGAUCCAUAAGGUGGACAAAGAGGUCCUCGAUCUCAGAAUCAAGAACUGGCUGAAUGCGGUGAAGGUGGCCACGACCACGCUAUUCAAUGGAGAGAAGAUCCUCUGCGACACCGUUUUCGCCGUCUCCAACUCAAUCAGAGAGUCUUGCUUCUCUCACAUCGCCAAAGAAGCCGCCACUCUUCUCUUUUCAUUUCCUCAAAUCCUCGUCGCCAAGAGCAAGAAUUUUUCCUCGGAGGACAAUAUAUUCCGGCUGCUGGAUAUGUACACCGCCAUAUCGGAAAAUUGGCCUGAAAUAGACUCCAUCUUCUCUUUCGAGUCCACCGCCAGCGUCCGAUCCCAAGCGCUCAACUCGCUGAUCAAAAUCGGCGAGUCGGUCCGGUCAUUGCUGUCCGACUUCGAAUCGUCAAUUCAAAAGGAAUCGUCAAAAUCACCAGUCCCCGGCGGCGGAGUUCAUUCUCUGACUCUCCGUGUGAUGAAUUACCUUUCUAUGCUCACCGAUUACAGCAACGUCUUGGCUGACAUUUUCGUCGACUGCCCUCCGCCGGCGAAGGGUUUGCUGCCGGAGUUCGAAAUCCCCCAAGCAGAAGAGUCAUCGGCGCCGCCGAUCUGCCACCACAUCGCUUGGAUCGUCCUCAUCCUCAUCUGCAAGCUCGACGGCAAAGCCAAGCAUUACAAGGACGUUUCGCUCUCUUAUCUCUUCUUAGCCAACAAUCUCCAACACGUCAUCUCGAAAGUCCGGACGUCGAAUCUCCAGUACCUUCUCGGCGAGCAGUGGAUCACGAAAUACGAAGCGAAGGUGAGACAGUUCGCCGUCAACUACGAACGGGUGGCCUGGGGGAAGGUGUUCUCCACCUUGCCGGAAAAUCUAACGGAGGAAAUACCCCCGGACGAAGCUAGGUUGAUUUUCCGGAACUUCAACUUCGCCUUGGACGAAGCUUACAAGAAACAGAAGUCGUGUGUUGUACCGGACGAGAAACUCCGAGAAGAACUCAGAGAGUCGCUGACGAAAGCCCUCGUUUCGGUUUACAAGGAGUUUCACGAUACGCACAGGGUUUCGAUUGGGAGUGCGAGAAAUCUGGCCUUGUAUGUCAGAUUAACCCCUGAAGAUGUUGCACAUUACUUAUCGGACUUGUUUUCCGGGACGACGGAAUCUGUUAGUUCUUCGUCUCGUCGGCGCUCUGGCUGAUCCAUUUCCCGGCGACUUUAAUCGCCGAGUUUUUUUUUUUCCGAUUUACCGGCGGUGUAUAUAUAUGUUGUGUGUAGAACAUUUUGAAUAAGUUAAAAUAUGUAACGACUUUUUGGAACAUACUUCUACUUUGUGCUACACGUAAGAUGACCCUAUGUUGUUUCUGUAAAUUCAAUCAUUGCUUCAU